ACAUUUCUCAUUUGUUGUUUUGGAACUUCUUGGAGCCGCUCAAAAAUCUUUGGAAUCAAAAUAAUAAGAAAAUUAAAAUAAAAAAUAAUGGAAAACAUCGAUGGAGAUGACCCCAAAGAGUAUCGCUGGGAAACUGGCUACGAAAAGACAUGGGAAGCAAUAAAAGAAGACGACGAUGGACUCCUGGAUGGUGUCAUAGCCGACAUCAUCUCAAAAGCCAAACGUAAGCGCCAAGCAGAGAAAACUAUUAAAAACCGUUUGGGAAUGAUGAGACACUUGUAUCUGGUCUUAGAUUGUUCCGAAGCCAUGACAAUGCCCGACUUGAAACCAACUAGAUUCUUAUGCACAUUGAAGCUUUUAGAGAUUUUCAUAGAAGAAUUCUUCGAUCAGAACCCAAUUAGCCAAAUGGGAAUCAUAACGUUGAAAGCUAAACGAGCUGAAAAGAUUACAGAUUUAACUGGAACUGCUCAGUGUCAUAUGGAUGCUAUUAAAAGUUUAAGUAAACUUACCUUAACUGGAGAGCCAUCACUCCAGAAUGGACUUGAUUUGGCCAUGAAAACACUAAAAGUUGUUCCUUCUCAUGCAAGUCGAGAGAUUCUCGUCAUCAUGGGCAGUCUAACGACUUGUGAUCCUGUUGACAUUAAUCAAACCAUUGAAGCUCUUAAAAACGAAAGUGUUCGCUGUUCGGUGAUCAGUUUGUCGGCAGAGAUUCAUGCCUGCCGGAGAUUAACAAUGGAGACGAAUGGUACUUUUGGAGCUGUUCUGGAUGAUUGCCAUUUCAAAGACCAACUCCUUGCCUUCGUCGAUCCACCAACUGCUGCUCAGCUGCAAGAAAAUUCCCUCAUCAAAAUGGGUUUUCCUCAUACCAAAGUCGAGGAGGGCAAGGAUCCUGCGUUGACUAUGUGCAUGUGUCACGUUGACAAUGCUGAUGAACCGAGUAAACUGACUUCUGGUGGAUUCCACUGUCCACAGUGUUACAGUAAAUACUGUGAACUGCCAGUAGAAUGCCUGAUAUGUGGGCUAACUUUGGUUUCAGCGCCUCAUUUAGCACGUUCCUAUCAUCAUUUAUUCCCGGUGAUGCAUUUCACUGAAACCGAAUUCAACAAUCAAGCUACGCAAUGUUUUGCGUGUCAGAAACUUUUCCCUGCGCCAAAUGAAAAAUUCAUUUAUCACUGUGGGACAUGUUCUCAGUACUACUGUUCCGAUUGCGAUGUUUUCAUUCACGAUACUAUGCAUACGUGUCCGGGUUGUAAUACGAUACCGGGAAUUGCAGAGAUGGUCGCUGCAAGAAAACCUGUAGCGCCUAAGUAUUAAGAGAUAAAUAAGUUCAAAAUGUGCUACACCAUCAAAUGGUGAUAAGAAUUUAUCAAGUUAAUAAAGAAACGAAAGCAAUUU